UGCAGUGCCUGAGAGAUGGACGAGAUGGAGCGAGGGGAGGGUAUCCAGGCGCCAGCCCUGCGGGCGGGACGGAGGGGGACGGAGGCUGGGGCGGGCAAACGGAAGGCGGGGAACAAUGAAGGCGGGGUGACUAGAACGCGCGGAGCGAGGGGCGGGGCGAAUGAAAAGUCUGGACCGGUAAGGGGCGGGGCGAACGGAAAGCCCCAGAAGAACCUUGGGAUGGACGAAGAGGGAGUGCGGCAGCCCUCCGGGCCACCCACGAGGAAGAAGUUCUUCAUACCACUGGAUGAGGAUGAGGCCCCUCCUGCGGGGUUCAAGCCCUUAUUCAAGUCCACGCGGAGCCUUCCCACCAUGGAGACCUCAGCCCAGGCCGCCCCUCAGACCUACGCCGAGUAUGCCAUCUCGGGACCUCCAGGAGGGGCUGGGGCUCCACACCCCACGGGGCCAGAACCCCUGGCAGGAGAGACCCCCAACCAGGCCCCCAAACCGGGGACGAAAUCCAGCAGCAUCAUUGUGAGCCCCCGGCAGAGGGGCAACCCUGUGCUGAAGUUUGUGCGUAACGUGCCCUGGGAGUUUGGUGACGUGCUUCCCGACUAUGUGCUGGGCCAGAGCACCUGUGCCCUGUUCCUCAGCCUCCGCUACCACAACCUCCACCCGGACUACAUCCACGGGCGGCUGCAGAGCCUGGGGAAGAGCUUCGCCCUGCGGGUCCUGCUCGUCCAGGUGGACGUGAAAGAUCCACAGCAGGCCCUCAAGGAGCUGGCUAAGAUGUGCAUCCUGGCUGACUGCACUCUGGUCCUUGCCUGGAGCCCUGAGGAGGCCGGGCGGUACCUGGAGACCUACAAGGCCUAUGAGCAGAAGCCAGCCGACCUCCUGAUGGAGAAGCUGGAACAGGACUUCGUCGCCCGGGUGACUGAAUGCCUGACCACCGUGAAGUCUGUCAAUAAAACCGACAGCCAGACCCUCCUAACUACUUUUGGGUCUCUGGAACAGCUCAUAGCUGCGUCCCGAGAAGAUCUGGCUUUGUGUCCGGGCCUGGGGCCCCAAAAGGCCCGGAGGCUGUUUGAUGUCCUACACGAGCCCUUCUUGAAAGUGCCCCGAUGACCCCAGCCGCCAGAGAGGCCCUCGUUGUAACAAUAAAGCAUUUUCCAGGCU